UUAUCAACCAGCUAGACAAAUUUUUUAUUUGAAAGCAAGUAAACUUUCAACCUCAAAAUAUAUAAUUUAAUUAUUUUUCUUUAUCUAAAAAAUUAAAGAAAACAAUUCAAAACUUAAACCACCAUAUUUGUUCGAUAUCACAGAAAAACAAACAAUAAAAAAUCAAAUCUAUAGAAGAAUCUAUAAAAAAUAAAAAUUGCUCAUUUAUCAACACAAUGAAAUUAUGUCUAAUUCGAUUUUAAGAACUUUAAACAGAAUCAACAAGAAGCAAUUAUUGACGACCUCUACGCAAAAUACAAACAGCCUCCUCUCGUCCACUUCCACAACAGCAUUCUAUUCCCGACGAAGUGAUCCAAAAGAUUACGAAAGUGCAUUCAAAGUAGUCAAGAGCAAGGUUCGCGUUGAAGAAAACGGAGACUUUUUAGGUGGUGAAUGUGGCCCAAAUUGGGAACUUCUUUCGCCUCGGGGUAAUCGCUUCUAUUUUCCCAAUUCAGUUGGACCUGCAUGGCAAAGUGCGUCUACGACAAUUGCCAUCGAAGUGCCGCUUGAAAAUUUAGUUGACUUUCAUGGCAAGGUUGACGCUAAACUACAAUUUAGCGUAGAUGAAUGCCCUUCGUUGAUUAAGAAGAAUCUACAUGAGCUGUUUCCAGCACCGGAAGUGGUUUCUAGUGAAAAAUUAAUUUUGAUGACCCUCAAGUAUGAUGGGGAUAUGGAACAAGGAGCCAGUAAGUUUGUUCUCGCUGCCAGAGAAAUAACUUCCCGCCUACGUUUGCACGGCUAUUGGGCUGAUUUUAUGAAUCCCUUCAGUGGUAAACCCUUCUACUCGUGGUCGAACGGCAAGAACCUAUACAAAAUCGACGAUCGUUUUCGAGGCAUUGGCAUGAAGCUAUACUCAAAAAACAACUGUAUUAUAAUUAGUUCGGACAAAGACAGUGCAUUCGCAGGAGCAAUUUACUCGAAUGCACCAUCUAACUUCGAUUUAUUAAAGUCACUGAUUGAUGAGGAAGUGUAGGUUAAAAUUCUAUUGUAUAUUUUUUUCUGACUUGUUUUCCGUUACCUCAAGUCUAUUAGAUUUGCGCCACAGCUAAUAUAGUUUUCUGAAAAAGGGGUUUUUGGAUAUACACCAGAAGAAGAAUUUCAGAACCCUCUUCAACUCCAUCAAAACAUAAACAUAAAUAUGAUAAUUUUGGUUUAAUCUGGCGCAGAUCAAACCGGACUUUACUUCUUCUUCUCUACAAGCUAGUGUUACAUAAAUACAAUUUAUUUUUUUUUUUUGUUGUCUAAAAUUUAAAUCCUAUAUAAAUAAAUAUAUAUAUAUAUGUUUCGAAAUGAUUAUUUUGUUCCUUCUAUGUUUGCCUAAUUGAAAUAAACAUUUUUAGUAUGUGAAUUGACAA